AUCCACUUGAAACUAAACAUAAAUAUACAACCAAACAGUUACGCAAUGAUAGCUCAACCAGACAGAACCGAACCGAAUCUUAGUUUUGCUUUCCAAAUUUUAAAUAACGGGAUAAACCGGUUGAUUCUCAUCCAGUUCUGUAAUUUGUCUGACACUACUCAAGUGAUCAGCACUUUUGAUUGAAAACUAAUAACACACAGCACCCACUUGAAAGUUGAAACUAAACGCAACUCAAUGAUAAACCGGGAUAAACCGGUUAGUUCUCAUCGAGUUCUGUAAUUUGUCUUUUACUAUCAAACCGGACAAAUUGAUGGUUUAAAAACAAAACUCAGUCUGGAUUAUAAUAAAAUCAGAUCAUGAAACUCUACCAAACAAGAGUCCUUUCGGUCUCUGCAAAUUUGUUUUCGACUCUAAUUGAGAGGAGGAGAAGUCCAGUACUUGAAACGAAUCCAAAAACGCGGUGAUCCGUGCGUUUUCAGACACCAUCGCGACCGUAUGCAUAACUGGGUUAGAGCUUCCUCAUCCGAUUUCACCGGAACUCCUCCACAGCCCAGGAGUGGACAUACAGCUGUCAAUGUCGGAAAAUCCAUGGUCGUGGUGUUCGGCGGCCUCGUCGACAAGAAGUUCCUCAACGACAUCAUUGUUUAUGACAUUGAGAACAAACUCUGGUUUGAGCCAGAAUGUACCGGCAGCGUGUCUGAAGGAAAAGUUGGUCCUACACCUCGCGCGUUUCAUAUUGCCAUCACUAUUGAUUGUCAUAUGUUCAUCUUUGGUGGACGUUCUGGUGGCAAGAGGUUGGGUGACUUCUGGGUUCUAGAUACAGAUAUAUGGCAGUGGUCUGAGCUAACCAGCUUUGGCGACUUACCUACGCCUCGUGAUUUUUCUGCCGCCGCUGCUAUUGGGAACCAGAAAAUUGUGUUGUGUGGCGGCUGGGAUGGUAAAAAAUGGCUGUCAGAUGUGUAUGUUAUGGACACAAUGUCUCUUGAAUGGAUGGAGCUGUCGGUUUCGGGGUCGUUGCCGCCUCCUAGAUGUGGCCAUACAGCCACCAUGGUUGAGAAACGUUUACUUGUUUUUGGUGGCCGAGGAGGUGGUGGCCCUAUCAUGGGUGAUCUGUGGGCUUUGAAGGGUCUAAUAGAUGAAGAACGUGAAACACCUGGAUGGACCCAACUAAAGCUUCCUGGCCAAGCACCAUCAGCUCGAUGUGGUCACACUGUCACAUCCGGAGGACAUUAUCUUCUGUUAUUUGGGGGACAUGGAACUGGUGGAUGGCUGAGUCGUUAUGAUGUAUAUUAUAAUGACACUAUAAUUUUAGACAGAGUAACUGCACAGUGGAAGCGCUUACCAAUAAGCAAUGAUGAACCUCCUCCUCCUCGAGCUUAUCACACCAUGACAAGUAUUGGAGCUCGUCAUCUUUUAAUUGGUGGUUUUGAUGGAAAAUCAACCUUCGGUGAUCUUUGGUGGUUGGUUCCUGAAGAUGAUCCGAUAGCCAAGAGGUCUUCUGUACCUCAACUUAGAAACCCUCCUGAGACUAAAGAGUCAGAGAGAGAUUUGGAUACGGAAAGAGGACAAGAGGGAUUCACUAUCGUCGACUUGCAAAAGAAAAUGGGAAUCUCUGUUUCUUCAGGGUUACGCCUUCAAAUACCCGAGGAGUUAGAAGAUCAAGAGUUCGUUGAGUUAGGAACCAGAUUGAUUGAGGGAGAUGCAGUUGAUAAUGGAGCCUCCAUGAUUCAGAUGGCAGCUGAAGCACUUCGUCAACAUUGGAAAGAGUCCACUCCAGAGACUUUGCAAUUAAAGGAGCUUGGUUCCUUGCUUCGAGAUUAUCAGCGACUGGUUACCCGAAAAUACACAGCACAGAGCAGCUUAACAUCUGCUGAUUUUGGAAAGAAGACCUUUACGUUUUAUCAUAUCAAAAAUUCUUCCGAGUUGCGGAUGGAUGACAUUCCGGAGUUGCUGGAAGAAUACAAAACCCUUGUAAUCUGAUUGAGGAGCUCUGCCAUGAAACUCACAAGGAGAAUACAAAACUCAUCAAGUAGCUGCCAAGAAGAUCACUGAUAUUACGUGUAUACGCACACCAAGUAACCUAAUGUGCACACUACCACAAUCGAAUGGUAUGUCGAUGUAUCACUUUAGGAUCGAAUCCACAGAGACCAACUAUUACACUUUAUCUUUAUGGGAUCAAUAUCAAGCUAAAACAAUAUGGGGGUUUUAAAGUUGAUUUCGUAACAAGCAAGUAAAAAGAUUAAUUAAA